GCCCGCUCUCCAGUCUGCGCGCUUGCGCGAAUGCACCGGCGGUCGCCCUUCUCCCACCUGCAGUCGCGAGUGGGUGACAGGGCCCCCUUCUCCACGAGCGUCGUGACCCGGAACCGCGAGUGGAGCUAAGCCCCUCCAGUGCCUUUGUGCUGCUGUGCCUUUACCCCAACCACAGAAAAUGAUGAGGUCCCAGGGUUCAGUUUCAUUUACUGAUGUAACUGUGGACUUCACCCAGGAAGAGUGGGAGCAACUGGACCCCUCUCAAAGGAUUCUAUACAUGGACGUAAUGCUGGAGAACUACAGCAACUUACUUUCAGUGGAAGUGUGGAGGGCCGAUGACCAGGUGGAGAAGGAUCCCAGAGACCCAGAUGAGCAGGCAAGGCCACUUACAACCCCCAAGAACCAACCACCAAUUGAAGAAAGAGGCAGUCUUUUUGGAAAGACAUUAAAUCUGAACACGGAUUUUGUUUCCUUAACACAAGUUCCCUAUAAAUAUGAUUUAUAUGAAAAAACUUUGAAAUAUAAUUCAGACUUACUUAGUAGUAGAAGCUGUGUAAGAAGGAAGGGUGAGGAAUGCAAUGGAUUUGGGAAACCACUUCUGUAUCUGAAGCAAGAGAAGCCCCAUGAUGGAGUAGAAUACUCAGAAUAUAAUAGGAAUGGAAAGGUUCUCAGCCAUAAAGAAGUCAUCUUUAAACAUCAGAAAAUUAAGAACUUGGUUCAGCCUUUUGUCUGUAAUUACUGUGACAAGGCCUUCUCCUUCAAGUCGCUCCUCAUUAGCCAUAAGAGGAUACACACAGGAGAAAAGCCCUAUGAAUGUAAUGUGUGUAAGAAAACCUUCUCCCAUAAGGCAAACCUCAUCAAACAUCAGCGAAUUCAUACCGGAGAGAAACCCUUUGAAUGUCCUGAGUGUGGAAAAGCAUUUACCCACCAGUCAAACCUUAUUGUGCACCAGAGAGCACAUAUGGAGAAGAAGCCGUAUGAAUGCAGUGAAUGUGGAAAGACCUUUGCUCACAAUUUUGAACUCACUACACACCAGAGAAUUCACACAGGAGAGCGGCCCUAUGAGUGUAACGAAUGUGCAAAAACCUUCUUUAAGAAAUCAAACCUCAUUAUACAUCAGAAAAUUCACACAGGGGAAAAACGCUAUGAGUGCAGUGAAUGUGGGAAAUCGUUUAUCCAGAACUCACAACUUAUCAUCCAUAUGAGAACUCAUACUGGGGAAAAACCCUACGAAUGUACUGAAUGCGGGAAGACUUUCAGCCAGAGAUCGACUCUUAGAUUACAUCUGAGAAUCCAUACAGGAGAAAAACCCUACGAGUGUGCUGAAUGUGGGAAAGCCUUCAGCAGAAAGUCUCGACUCAGUGUCCAUCAGAGGGUUCACACAGGAUAGGUCCUGAGGCUACAGUCAGAUUGUACCGUGGAAAACCAUCAAACCAGAAUUCUUCCAGUGAGAGAGAAACCUUCAUGAAGAUGCUGAAGGAACUUGGGAAAUCACAUUGAGAUGCAAGCUAAUUCAAAAACUUAAGAAAAAAAGGAUGUCAUAAAAAUAUUAUACUGAAAGUUAGUAUCCAUAUGUAUGUAUUUCAGUACACAUAUCCCCAGAUCCAGUUGUAAAUAGACAUACCCAGCUCUAUUUCCAUGAGCUUUUAUGGCUUUUUGUGCUGCUGGGAUUCAAACCUAGGGAGUUGCCUGUGCUAGGCAAUUUUUUUUACCACUGAUCUACAUCCCCAGUCCACAGUGGCCUUUUAAAAAUCUUGAAUCAACUGAAUAUUCUAGGAGGAGAAAUAAAGAUUAUAUAAAAAUACAAUAGGAAUUUGUAUUUAAGGAUAUGCCACGAAACAUAAAUUGUUUUAAAUCUGUUUAUGUAAGUUUGAUGGCUACUGGGAAUGUGAAAUUCUCAUCUAUGAAAUUGCAUCACAGCAAACACAAGGUUUCCCCUACUCAAUAUCACGUUUGUGUUUCCAAUGCAGUGUGUAUCCAAAGGAAAAUGUGAUGGACUUAAAGAAGUAGCAUGUAGCCUCUCCUCUACAGCCAGAUCAUACAAAUUGGUGUAGCCAUUGUUAAUGAGCUGCCUGGUCACUAAAGAAAAAGAGUUUUAGCCUGCUUCUGGGUUUGAAGAUUUUCUAAGGCAAUAUAUAUAUGCAAAGGUCUGCUGUGCAGGGAAUGGCCUCUUCUAUCAUGCUCUUGUUCUUUCUCCCCAAGGCGUUUACAUACAAGUUCGUGUCCUCCAAAAUACCAUGUACCCCAGAAAAUUAUUUUUGUAUGUUUCUGUCUUCCUCUUAAUGCUUUAUGAAUUGUCCUACCAAAAAAAAUGGGUAGGGUGCCUGUGUAGCUCCCAAAUGUUACAUUUCAGAGACUUUGAAGAAAAAAGAUCUGUUAAGAUCUAUGUUUCAUUAUAUAGCUUCUGUGUGUGUAAUCUACUUUAGAAAUUGUUUUUGCUGUGUCCCUCAAAGGAAGUAUUUCUGCUUUAUCCCCCAUGUAACACUGCCCUUUGGAAGCUGACUUAGCUUUGUCUGUCACCUUGCCUCGUGGGGUUCACAAGCACUUUAUGAGUAUCAACCAUAUUUACUUUUCUAUUGCAGUGAGCAAACACCAUGACCAAGGCGACUUAUAGGCUCACAGUUCCAAAGGGUUAGAGUCCCAUGACCCUCAUGGGGGGGGGGGCAUGGCAGCAGGUAGCCAUCAUGGAGCAGUAGCUUAGAGCUCACAUCUUGAGACACAAGCACAGAAGAGCAAGCUAACUAUGGGCUUUUGAAACCUCAAAGCCCACCUCCAGUGACACACUUCAUCUUUACCAAAUAGUGCCAACUGGAGACCAACAUUCAAACCUGUGAAUCCAUAGGGGCCAUUCUCAUUCAAACCACGUAAGUUAGACUUCGGUGCUCUCCAUAUGCUGGUGGCUAACAUACACAAUUUAGGAUUUUUUGCCAGGUGUGGUGCUAGGCGCCUUUAAUCCCAAAAUUUGGGAGCCGGAGGCGGUUCGAUCUGAGUUGGAGGCUAGUCUGGUCUACACAGUGAGACCCUGUUUGAAAACAAACUUUAUAUAACUGAAAGAUGAUCAUUUGAAGCUUGGUUCCAAAUCACAAGUUCAGCUUUUUCAUUAUGCAUUAAAAUUAAACAUGGAAACCACAACUGGAAUUUA